AUGGGGGCGGUGGUGACCGCGGUGAUCGCGAUCGCUGCGGUGGUGCUGGGCUGGAUCACCAUCGAGAUGGCCUGCAAGCCCUGCCUCGAGACCGGCCGCCGCGCCAUGGACCGUGCCCUCGACCCCAACUACGACCCCGACGACUCCCCCGCAGCCAACUCCACCGCGCCACCCACUAGGGAGCCGCUACUCGCCGACCUCUCUGCCUCCGCCGCCGCGCCAGCCAAGGCCAUCUGA